AUGGCAGAUUCGGGAAAGAAUAAUUUGAGGGCGAUCAUAAAGAUUGACCCGAAGAUACUUGCCUUAUAUCAGAAAGGACCGUAUGAUGCAUCACGCCAGAAACGAUUUAAAUUUAAUGUGGAUGUUAUUCCACUAGAACUGAUGUAUCGGGAACUGGGCAUUGAAGAGGAGAAAACCCUACAAGAUUCAGAACCGUCAACCAGAUCGGUACAGGAGAAGGUUAUCGAUACGGUGUCAAAACUGAAGGAGAGAUCGGCGCCAAAAGAGGUGCUAGCUCAGCCUCAGGAAGACAAACAACCAGCAUCGGAAGUAAGCCUCAUUGAUUUUGAUGAUGCCACGGAAGAAAAUGAUCAUUCGCCUAACUACGAGACACCGGCUAAAAGACAUGAUGAAACUUUGCACUUACCCAAGAUAAAAAUCGUGCGUACUGGUCAAGCGACAUUUCACGCGUCCCAGGCCGGACUGGAAAACUUUCUUUCUGAUAAGGAUUUCGAAUUCACGGAUGAGGAAUUUUUGGAACAAGCAGCCAAUGUGGAUGAUAAAUUGACCGUGGUCAAAACGAAGCAGGAGUUACAGGAAGUCCUGCGAGAUUCAAUUCCAUUCCUUAUACGGGGAAUACGCAGAAUCGAGGCACAGUCCAAAUUAAAACUGGACUCUAUCGGUGAAUCGCAAAAGCUGGAUCAGCUCCUACAGGAAGAAAGAAAGGAAAAAUUGAAAUUUCAGUCGGAAUUUAAUGAAAUGCGGAAGAAAUGUGAAGCAGCUUGUAAAGAGCGGGAUACCGUAUUGUAUAAGAAUCGUGCAUUAUCAGAUAGUUUACAAAAUUAUCGUGAAAAUUCAGAUACGGAUAAAAAGGAGUAUAACAAAUUACUGGAAGAGUUUCAACAGCUAAAGGAUGGUAACCGCGAAGUGGAAAAUGCAGCGGAAGAACUUCGGCGGGAAAACGAAAACCUGCGGGCAUCCAGAAGUUCGAAGCUGAACCAACAGGCGGAAGCCGAACUGCAAAAACAAAAUCAGAAAUUAACCGAACAGAAUCAAAGGUUGCGUACUGAAUUACAGCAACAGAGGGAUGCUUAUGCCGAGUUACAAAAGAAAAACGGACAGGACGUAAACCAAAUCAAGUCACUGCGGAGACAGCUGACAGAAGAACAAAAGCGCAUUAACCCAAAUGUGGAUUAUGUGGCAGAGCUGCAACAGGAGUUAGCCACAGUCAAAUCGCAGAAUGAAAUGUACUUGUCCUCUUCACGAGCGGCAACGUCAGCAGUGACUAAGAGUAGGGAAGAAACCCUGUUGGCCACAAUCGAACAAUAUAAAGUUGAAAUCGCGGCAGAAAAAGCAGAGAAGGAGAAGCUACAAAAGGAACGCAGAGAACUACGAAUUGAGGAAGAGGAACAAGUGGAAGUCCUGUUGGAAGGCCUGAAAAAGCAUAGACCGGGCUGGUAUGCAACCUUAUACCGCAAUAGGCCGGAAACUUACGAAGAGUUUGAAACACAGAGCCGAGAAGUGCCGGCAGCAUUAAUGAUGCAGAAAACCGUACCAAUCGUGGCGGAUUUCAGUCCCGCGGAAGCUAUUUCCAGCCGCGUGGAGGCCGUGGGAAUUACCUUGGUUAAAACGAUGAUUGACACCGGCUCCAGUAUUUCGGUCAUGUCGCAUCAAAUGGCGAAAGACCUGGAUCUGUAUUUCAUCAAUGUCCUGAUCACAUUCAAGGGAGAGUGGUCCAUACGGCCUAUCAAGGAAGACAGUUAA